AUGCGGACCUAUCCUCUUCGACGACCAGAAGGCCACCAGCCGCCAGUUCCGCGGUGGCAACUUACCCUCGGCAAAGAUGUGCAGAAAGUAUUCACAGCGUACAUCGGCAUACAACAUCAUCGCGACGCCGACGAAAGUUCAACAGCAGUCAAGCAAGCUACCGCGGCAAUUGAAGCCUGGCUCGCUGCAGACACAGACGAUAAGCCGCUUUCAACCGAGAGUUUCAACCAUCUGGAUGGGGAUGAUGCUCCAGGUACAUCUGUCUGGGUUUGUUACUGGGAUGAUCCUGAUAAAGGAGAAACAAAGCUGCAGAAGCUCGAACUUGCGUCUAUUCACGCUAAGUUGUCGCCAGAACAUCGAAUGACAGUUGGGUUAUGGAAGGAGAGCUUCACAACGCCCAUAUCGCGUCUGGAAACGAAUUAUUCGGGACUUGACUACCUCCCUGGCCUAGCUAGACUUCCAAUGACUGACACGAGGGAGCAUCAACUCUCAGCAUACUGGGGUGCGGCAAGGGACCGGAUUCCAGCAUCUGCCCAUGACCUUUUUGAAAAAGAUAAAGAUGCCAACAAGGCAAGACCAGAAGACAUCCCAAAUGGACUUGGGCAGCACUUGACUGGAAAGAAUUACAAUAACAUGGUUCACAUUCGAUCAGGGCAGUUUUGGGAGAAUUGUAGCCCCGAAGAGGCAAAGUCGUACGAGACGGAGCUAGAGCCGACUUUGAAGGCCGGCUUGAGCUACCUCUGGGAAAACAGAGAGAAAGGAGGCGCCAUGGGAUUGCGAUUCCUGGGCAACAGAGACCUCGAUGGCUACACAAAAAAGGAGACGUGCGGUGCUGGGUUCUUCACUGAUCUGCAUUCCCUGGAAGAGUGGUCUAAAAAGCAUCGCUCGCAUCUGGCUAUAUAUAUCGGAGCCAUCAAACAUGCAAAGACUUGGGGAGAAUCGAGGAAAUUCCGGACCUGGCACGAAGUUUCAGUGCUCAAGAGAGGAGAAGCAGUGUUCCAGUAUUUGAACUGCUUGCCUACGACCGGCGUUCUAAGAUUCGUUUCUUUGGAUGUUGUUUCGAAGUUGAAGUAG